UCUUUGACAGCGACUUGCCAUGGCGGCGGCGGCGGCGGCGGCGGCUUCUUCGAUAGCUGUUCCGGCUGCGGUGCCGCUGGAGCACGAGAACCAGAUCUUCCUGGACCUUUUCCACGACGACGGGCUGGUGGUGUGCGCCCGCGGGCUGGGCAUCGACCGCCUCCUCCUGCGCUUCCUCCGCCUUUACUGCGAGCCGGCCAGGCUGGUGCUGGUGCUGAACACCAGCCCUGCAGAGGAGGAGUUUUUUAUCGACCAGCUGAGGACUGAUAAUGUAGUUCAUCUUCCUCGACGCGUCACAAAUGAAAUCGCAAGCAGCAACCGCUAUGAAGUUUACACCCAAGGGGGUGUCAUUUUUGCCACCAGCCGGAUUCUGGUGGUGGAUUUUCUGACCGACCGAAUCCCUUCAGAUCUUAUCAGCGGUAUUUUGGUGUACAAAGCCCACAGAAUCAUUGAGUCUUGCCAGGAAGCUUUUAUCUUGCGACUCUAUCGCCAGAAGAACAAGCAGGGUUUCAUUAAGGCCUUUACAGACAAUGCCGUGGCCUUCAGUACUGGCUUCUGUCACGUGGAAAGAGUGAUGAGAAAUCUCUUUGUGAGGAAGCUUUACUUCUGGCCAAGGUUCCAUGUAGCAGUGCACUCCUUCCUAGAGCGGCACAAGCCCGAAGUGGUUGAAAUGCACGUCAGCAUGACCCCGGCCAUGCGAGCCAUCCAGAGUUCCAUUCUGGACAUCCUGAACGCGUGUUUGAGAGAACUAAAGCAUUGCAACCCGGCUCUGGAAGCAGAGGAUCUGUCGCUGGAAGAUGCUAUCGGGAAACCUUUCGACAAGACAAUUCGUCACUAUUUGGAUCCUCUUUGGCACCAGCUGGGAUCAAAAACCAAAUCUUUGGUCCAAGAUUUAAAGAUUCUCCGUACUUUGCUACAGUACCUGACUCAGUAUGACUGCAUCACGUUCCUUAACCUUUUGGAGUCCUUAAGAGCCUCAGAAAAAGCCUUUGGUCAGAAUUCAGGUUGGCUUUUUCUCGAUUCUAGUACGUCAAUGUUUCUAAAUGCUCGGGGCAGAGUGUAUCGCCUCCCAGAUGACAAAGCAAAUAAAAAAGGAAAAGCUGCCGAAAAGGCAGAUCUUGGAGAAGGAAAAGGAAAAGAUCAGAAAAGGAAGUUGAUCCUGGAAAGCAACCCAAAGUGGGACGCCCUUGGAGAAGUCCUGAAGGAGAUUGAAACGGAGAAUGCAAACAGUGAAGCUCUGGGUGGGCCAGGACGAGUGCUUAUCUGCGCAAGCGACGACCGCACUUGUGCUCAGCUCAAGGAGUACAUCACGGUUGGGGCAGAAGCUUUCUUAACGAGGCUGUAUAACAAAACCUUUGGGAAGGACAAGGAGGCCAGCAAAGCCUGCCUGAAGGAGGGAUGGGCAGCCAAGGGCCGGGGCAACGGUGCCAGAGAACCACGGGCCAAGAAAGCCAGAACAGAUUCCUCCAAACCGAAGAAGGCGAAGAAGCCAGAGCUGACCUUGACCCAAAUGCUGAACAAAGAGGAGCAGGAAAACCUGGGAGAGGAAGAAGACUGUGAGGAAUUAAGCAGCAGCCAAGAGAGCAUUGGAGAAGCCAAGCCCGAAGACCUUAACCUAAACCUCUCCUCGGAUGCCUAUUAUGGGAUCUUAAAGGAGCCACUCACUGUGAUCCACCCGCUGAACGGCUGUGGGGACCCUUACGCCCUCACUCGCGUCUUGCACGAAGUGGCCCCGAGAUAUGUCGUGCUGUACGACGCGGAGCUGACGUUUGUUCGCCAGCUGGAAAUUUUUAAGGCAAGCAGGCCUGGGAGGCCUCUGAGGGUUUAUUUCCUUAUCUAUGGAGGUUCGACAGAAGAGCAACGCUAUCUUACUGCACUACGGAAAGAAAAGGAAGCUUUCGAAAAACUCAUUCGUGAGAAGGCCAGCAUGGUGAUCCCUGAAGAAAGGGAAGGAAGAGAUGAAACAAACUUGGAUCUAGUAAGAGAUGCAACCCCAGCGACUGCUUCCACUGAUACGCGCAAAGCAGGUGGCCAGGAAGAGAGGGGCGUGCCACAAAGCAUUGUCGUGGACAUGCGUGAAUUUCGUAGCGAGCUUCCGUCUUUGAUCCACCAUCGCGGCAUUGACAUCGAGCCCGUGACCUUGGAAGUUGGUGACUACAUCCUCACCCCCGACAUCUGUGUGGAGCGCAAGAGCAUCAGCGACCUCAUUGGCUCCCUGAACAGCGGGAGACUUUAUGCGCAGUGCGUCUCCAUGUCUCGCUAUUACAAGCGCCCCGUCCUUCUCAUAGAGUUUGACCCCAGCAAAUCCUUCUCCCUCACUCCCCGGGCGUCCCUCCAUCAAGAAAUCUCGAGCAACGACAUUAUAUCCAAACUCACCCUCCUCACUCUCCAUUUCUCCCGGCUUCGACUCCUGUGGUGCCCCUCUCCGCACGUGACGGCUGAAUUGUUUGAGGAAUUGAAAAGGAAGCGUCCCCAGCCUGAUGCAGCUACAGCCAUGGCUGUCACAGCAGAUUCAGAAAGCCUCCCCGAAUCGGACAGAUACAACCCAGGUCCCCAAGACUUCUUGCUCAAAAUGCCUGGUGUGAAUGCCAAAAACUGCCAGGCCAUAAUGAAUCAUGUUAAGAGUGUUGCAGAACUUGUAACCCUUUCUCAGGAAGAGUUGGCCAAACUUCUGGGCAAUGCCGGCAAUGCCAAGCAGCUUUAUGAAUUCAUUCAUUUGCCCUUUACAGAGGCUGUUUCUCAAGGGAAAAACAAGAGGUGAUAAAUUGGAGUGCCUUGGUUAAUUGCUAUCGUGUCUUAGAGCUGAACUGCCCAGUCAG